GUGUGUAUUGAUGUAUUGGAUGAUGAUGGAAUAGAAGUUUUUGUUCCAAAUAAAAUGGAUAGGAUAAUUGCACACCUCAAAAAAUGUACACAUUUUACAGGACAAACAACACCUGAGAAGAGAGAAAAAGUCUUUAACUUAUCCAAUAAUGAACAAUCAAGUUCAUAUGAUACCAUGUCUACCUCAUCACAAUCAUCCACCCAAAAGGGCAUUGUACGAUCUACUUCUUUUAGCCCACUUGACAACUAUUCUCCUGAAGCAAGUGAGUUGUUUGAUUUUUUGAACCCUCUUAUAAAGCUUUCAGAUCAUCAGACUCUUAGUGGACCAACUUUAGAGGUGGCAGUUUCUGAAUAUAAUAGGGGAAUGCUUAAAGCUCUUCAAAAGGAUUCAAUUGGUGUUACUUUAAUGUUUGAUGGGUGGACGAAUAUCAAUAAUAAACAAUUAAUAGGUACAAUGUUAGUAACUUCAGUAAGGAAACCUUAUAUUUGGAAGGCAACAGAUAUUAGCAUAGAAAGAGAAAGUUACACUAAAGUAAUAGAAAAAACAGAAGAAAUGAUUGAUGAGUUAAAAAAAUAA